AUGCACUUGAAGGUGGAGUUGCCGGACAGCGCGCCGCAGGCGGUGGUGAACCGGGACGUGCUGGGCCACGCGCUGCACACGCACGGCGAGAGGCGCCACCCCGGGUCGAUUGAGUACAAUUUCGGAGCCAAAAUCGUGGGGGUGGACUUCGAGGGCAGGGUGGCGAGGUUCGAGACGGAGUGCGGGGUGGAGGAGAGGGGCUAUGAUCUGCUGGUGGGCGCGGACGGCUGCUGGAGCCGCGUGCGGCGCGAGAUGGAAGCGGCCGGGUUCCUGACGUGCAGGCAGGAGCGGCAAGGCGGCAGCAACCGCGUGUUCGAGGUGGACGACCUGCCGGGCGCGAGGGAGGACUGGGCCCGCUGCACGCACCUCUGGAUUCAAAAUCUGCCGCAGAUGGGCAUGAUGGCCCAGCCCACGCCCCGGGGCCGCCUGAGGCUGAUCGUCGGCACGGUGCGCGACCAUCUGUUCGCCGAUCCGGGGGAUGAUGACGCCGAUCGAUUCGCUGCGGUGGAGGCGGGUAUGCGGGCGUCCUUCCCGGACCUGUUCGACGGGAGGGAUCUGCCUCCGGGGCUUGCGGCCCGCCUGGCCGGGCAGGAGCCGAUCCACCGCGGCGUCAGCACGGCCUGCAGCGCCUUCCACGGCGGGGACGCCGCGGUGCUGGUGGGCGACGCGGCGCACUCCAUGUGGCCCAACGCCGGGGAGGGUUGCAACGCCGCUUUGGAGGGUGCGGCCGAGCUGGCGGGCGCCAUCGAGGCACACGGGGGGGAUCUGGCCGCCGCGCUGCCCGCCUACAGCGCGGCCUGGAAGCCGCAGGCGGAGGCCGCCAUCGCGAUGAGCGGGCGCAACCCGAUGAGGCCGCUGCAGGUGGGACCCUGGGGCCCGGCGGGUGCCCUUUUUGCUGAUGAUCGCGGUCUUUUGCUGGUGUUCGCCGGGUGGCGUGCCAUUUCCGGGAGUGCGUUGGGAAGAAAUUGGACCCCUCCCGGAAAGGUUACUAUUUUUUUUUGCGACAGUGGAUUGUUCCUUUUUGCGACAGUGCCCGGGACUGUUGUUUUUGCGACAGUGGCCCAGUUGUUCUUUUUUGCGUCAGUGGCCAUGACUAACGUGUGA